AUGUCAUACAUACAGAUAUUACAAAAAUUUCUCAAGUUUAUUGGACCAGGUAUCAUGGUUAGUGUGGCCUACAUGGAUCCAGGAAAUUAUUCUACAAGUGUGUCAGGUGGGGCCAAAUAUAAAUAUCAAUUAUUAUUUUCUGUUUUUAUUUCAAACAUAUUUGCUAUUAUAUUACAAUGUUUAUGUGUUAAAUUAGGUACUGUUACAGGUUAUGAUUUAGCAGAAAAUUGUCGUAGAAAUUUACCAAGAAAACUAAAUUUAACUUUGUAUUUUUUUGCAGAAUUGGCUAUCAUUGCCACGGAUUUGGCUGAAGUUGUUGGUACUGCAGUUGCUUUACAAAUUAUAUUUGGUAUUCCUUUAACUUGGGGUGUUGUUUUAACUGUACUGGAUGUUUUGAUCAUUUUAAUAUUCUAUAAGCCAGAAGGACAAGAUAUGAAAAAAGUUAGGACAUUUGAAAUAUUUGUGGGUACUUUAGUUAUUGCCACAUGUUUCUGUUUUGUAUUGGAACUUUGUAAAAUUACUGUACCACAUAAAGACGAAUUAUUUAAAGGAUUUUUACCAUCAAAGAUUAUCUUUGAAGAGAAACAAGCAUUAUAUAUUUCAUUAGGUAUACUUGGUGCUACAGUUAUGCCACAUUCUUUAUAUCUAGGUUCAUCCAUUGUUAAACCAAGAUUAAAUGAUUAUGAUAGAAAACAUUUUGGUAAGAUAGAAGAUCGUCCUAGUUUGAGCGCUAUCAAAUAUACUUUAAAUUUUGCAUAUGCAGAACUAAUAGUAUCCUUGUUUUUAAUCGCAACAUUUGUUAAUUCUUCUAUAUUAAUUGUCGCUGGUGCUUCAUUAGCAGGUCAGCCAGAAGCUGAGGAUGCAGACUUAUUAUCAAUUUAUGAAUUAUUAGUUCAUUAUAUAUCUCCUGCAGCAGGUAUGAUAUUUGCCUUGGCAAUGUUGUUUUCUGGCCAAUCAGCUGGUAUUAUUUGUACAAUUGCUGGUCAAAUUGUAUCAGAAGGGUUUUUGGAAUGGUCGUUACCACCAUGGGCAACUAGACUAUGUACUAGGCUAAUAUCUGUUGUACCAUGUUUAUUCGUGGCUUUCACUAUGGGUGAAAGUGGUAUUUCGAAAAUUCUUAAUUUGUCACAAGUGCUUUUAUCAUUAAUUUUACCAGUUGUGUCAGCACCAUUAAUUUAUUUUACUGCAAAUAGAAAACUGAUGACUGUUACUGAUCAAUAUGGCGAGUUAACUAAUUCUGAAGUGAAUUCAAGAGUAAUUAAUGAAGAAACACCUUUAAAUAGUGAGUUUAAGAAAACGAGUGAUUUCACAAACAGUCGUCUAUUGUCAUGGACAGCUGUUUUUAUUUGGGCUAUUAUUGGAGGUUUAAAUACAUAUUUAGUUGUGUCCUUUUUGUUAGGUGAAGAUGUGCAUUUCUAA